AUGGCAAAGGAGAGUACCGUCGAGCAUGACAUCUCCUACCGGUCUACAAUCCAGCCAAGAACGGCCGUCCGCACCCCCAGCCGGACCAGUGGCAACUUCAACUCGAGUGGUGGAGGAGGAGGUGAGCUAAUCUGAAGAAUAGGAUCGAUGCUUUCUCCUUUCCUCGACAACCUCUUUGAUAGCACGGUCUGGUUGAUUAAAGACCAUCAACUUCCUCAUUAAGUCUGUUCCUCUCCUAUCUGCGGCGCCUAAGGCAACAGUUUUUGUUUAUCGAAUUCCAGGGCUGGAAUAAUCAUCUCUGUUUGGCGGCGAUAAGGGCACUCCUUGGUCCAUAAACCGCCCCGCUUUUUAUGCAUGCGACUAUACAUUGCUCCUCAUAUUUAUUGUUGUUUGUGGGGAUUUUUUGGCGUCACAGAAUUUCCGAAAAGAAUCCUUCUUCGCUCUCUUUUGUAAGCCCGGUUAAAGCGCUCGCGCAUCCGAUUAGAAUCGGUUUGUGCAGGUCCCGUCGCUUGCCUAAAAAAACUUUUCGAUGCACUCCGAAUGAAUGAGAGAGAAUUCCGUACCAAAAGGCAAAUCCGAACGUAUAAUAUCACAUACUAAACCCUUUGCCUCACAAAAAACCGGACAGAAGUUAAAAAAGAGCCCCUGGAGACCCGGGUGCGAUCGAAAAACUGAAUCCGAAGCUGGAGCUCCGUUACGUCGGGCUGAACAAGGCCAUUCAAACCGAUUCAAAAGCUUUUGCUCUCGACCUCCAUUUCGCAAAUUCAGCUCUUCCCGACUAGAGACCUCUAAACGCGCUUCCCAACCUUACCUAUUGCCCUUUAUCUCCUUCGGAAACUCAUCAAGAUGUACAGAGAAGGUAUUGCCGUAUUAUGUCAUCGUCUAAUGUCAUGUUGCUUAUCGAAUUAUUUAAGGUCGUGUACUCAAGAUGGUAACCGAAAUGGGCAGUGCUGCGGUUGGCGGAAUCAGCCCAGCCUUGAGUGCCAAUGCUGCCAAAUCCUUCCUCGAGGCUGCUGAUAAAGAUAAAAAGGAAAUGCAGGGACUUAAUGACAGAUUGGGAAACUACAUUGACAGAGUCAAGAAGCUAGAAGAACAGAAUAGAAAACUGGUAGCCGAAUUAGAAGAUCUGAGAAGUCGUUGGGGAAAAGAUACGACCGAAAUCAAAGUAAGAUUACAACUAUUAUUACUUUUACAAUUAUUUUGACGGCUAAAUAAACUCACUUUAGAUCAGAUACACUGACAGUCUUUCUGAAGCCCGUAAAAAUAUUGAUGGAGCUGCCAGACAAAAGGCCGAAGUCGAUGUUAAAGUAGCCAGACUGAAGGAAGACCUCGAAGAAUACAGAAACAGAUACGAUGAGAUUCAACGGCGACGUGAAUCCGACCGCGAUCACAUCACCCAGUUCACUAACAUGAUCGCCGAUGCACAGAAUGAAUUGGAAAUGCUUAGAGCUCGCUGGAAGCAGCUGACUGAUGAGGAAAAGAGACUGAUUACUGACAAUGCCCGUUAUUGGGAGGAACUUCAAAAGGCCAGAAAUGUAAGAAAGAUUCAUUUGAGGACACACAAAAACAUUGUAAAACGGGUUACAAAUAACUUUGCAGGAUCUUGAUGAAGAAACUCUAGGCAGAAUUGACUUCCAAAACCAAGUCCAAACUCUGAUGGAAGAACUCGAAUUCUUGAGAAGAGUCCAUGAACAAGAAGUCAAGGAACUGCAGGCUCUUUUGGCCCAAGCCCCCGCUGACACUCGUGAAUUCUUCAAGAAUGAACUCGCUUUGGCCAUCCGUGAUAUUAAAGAUGAGUACGAUUACAUUGCCAAACAAGGUCGUCAAGAUAUGGAGAGCUGGUACAAACUCAAGGUGUCCGAGGUUCAAGGAAACGCCAAUCGCUCGGCCAUGGACUCAAACUACCAAAGAGAAGAGGUCAAGAGAAUGCGCGACAAUAUUGGAGAUCUCCGUGGAAAAUUGGCCGAUCUCGAAAACAAGAACGCUCAGCUCGAAAAGGAAGUCCAAAACUUGCAGUAUCAGGUAAGUCUAAAGAACAGUAUUGUUAUAAAAUUUUUUGUCAGCAAAAUUUGAUCUUCUAACAUUUGCAGCUUGCCGAUGACCAAAGACAAUACGAGCAAGCCCUUAAUGAGCGUGAUGCUCAACUGCGUCGCAUGAAAGACGAAGUUCAGAGCUUGGUCCAAGAACUCCAAGGUCUUCUGGACACCAAACAAAUGCUGGAUGCUGAGAUUGCGAUCUAUAGGAAGAUGCUGGAAGGUGAAGAACACCGUGUGGGACUUCGACAAAUGGUAGAACAAGUCGUCAAGACCCAUUCUCUUCAACAACAAGAAGAUACUGACUCCACUCGCAAUGUGAGGGGAGAAGUUCAGACUAAAACCACCUUCCAACGUUCGGCGAAGGGUAAUAUCACAAUCGCUGAAUGCGACCCCAAUGGAAAGUUCUUGGUUUUGGAGAACACUCAUCGUAGCAAGGUAAGCAACAGCGUCCACGGUAAAUAAUGUACUCUCUUAGGAUGAGGAUAUCAGUGGUUGCAAAGUUAUCAGGAAGUUGGAUAACCGCCAGACAAUUACCUACACCAUCCCCCCUAAUGUCAUCCUGAAGGCAGGCCGCACCACCAAGAUCUUUGCCCGCAAUCAAGGUGGCUUCCACAAUCCUCCAGAAAGCCUGGUAUUGGAUUCAGAGAACACUUGGGGCAUCGGAGCCAACGUGGUGACUCAAUUCAUCAACAAGGAAGGAGAGGAAAGAGCCACUCACAACCAGAAAACCGUUCAGACCGGCCAAUAA